AUGGACACCACCGCAAACACCACCACCACCACACCCAAACCCGCGGGCUCCAUCCCCUCCGCCGCGCCGAACAACCUGGCGUACACCGACGACAAGGGCGUCGAGCACAGCAUCUACCUCCCGCAGGGCACCAUGCAGACGGCCUGGGACCACCUGCAGAACAAGCGCUGGGACGAGCUGGCGAAGUAUGCGCCGUAUACAAACCAGGGGUACUCCGAGGGCGACUUUAAGAAAGGGGAGUAG